AUGGAGACAGCAUACGCCCAAAUUAUGAGCAUGUGCACCGAAGGCACCUACUUGUAUACACCACCCUCUAACCUCGACUUCCAUCCCGGCUCUUGCGGCUUCUUCGAUGAAAAUGGAGGGUGGCGAGUCAUUACCGAUCUUACUGAACUCAAGGAGCACAACCCCAACGAUUACAAGGUCCCUAAGAAGGAUCUCGUUCUGACCAAGCCUGCUACAUGCACAUGGGACAAGAAGGUUGUCGAGAAGAACGAAGGCAGUGGUUUCGGCGCCAAAGCUGAGGUGUCCGGAAUCGCUGCCCAAGCACCCGUGGACGUUGGAGCCAAUUUCGCAGUGGGCAGUACUGCAAAAGCCGGCGCUGGUGUAGUUGUAUCGCCAAACGUGGUGCACAAGAAGUUUAAUAUUGAUGCGCGCAAGAUCAUUGAGGAUUGGAUUACGGACAACAUGAAGCAAUUAACGGAUAACUAUAUCGCAUACAUUAUUCAGUUCGGCGUCUGGAUCAUCACAGCCACAUGGAGCACGGAGAAGUGCAGUAUUGCCAUGUGGAACAAGACGGGCAGUAAGAUCGACACCGGAGCCGAAAUCGGGGCGACGAAUAUCGGCAAACUUGGGGUCAACAGUUCGCACGAGGUCCAGACUGACAUUGACGAGCACAGAGUGUGGAAUGAGCCUGGCGGCCACGCCAUCUCUUUCAGCGGUAUGCUGUUCAGACCGAGCAGAAAAUUUUGGAGCAAUAAAUUGAAGCACAUUCAGCGCCCGAAAGAUGGCUCUCUCCGAGUUGCCGAAGCCAUCUCCAUGCCAGUUAAGGAUGAAGACGGAAACAUACUCGAUAAGAAUGGGAAUAUCAUCAAAGAGAACGGACAGCGUAUCGACAAGGAUGGAAAUCUCGUCGACGAAGACGGAGACCGUAUUGACGAGGAGGGGAAUCUCAUCGACGGGGACGGAAAUCGCAUUCCGGAGUGGUCCACGGACUUGGUCGGGGAGGAUUGA